AUGGUUAAUUUGUGUAAGGUGCAUCAAAACAUGAACUGUCCUGCUUAUGGUGGGGUUCCAGGCACUCCUGGACACAAUGGUUUACCUGGUAGAGACGAGAGAGAUUGUAAAGACGGAAAAGACGGAGCCAUUGGACCCAAAGGAGAGAAGGGAGAACCUGAUGGAAUUGUGGCAACUUUUCAGAAUGGGCUAAAACUCUGCAAUGAUAUUGGUGGAACAAUUGUUCUGCCAAGAAAUGCAUAGAAAAAAGCAUUAUUAAAAGUGUUAGUAGCCAGUGGUUUAAGUGCUAGAAAGCCAUACACUGGUAUUACAGACGGAGAAAUAGAGGGACAAUUUGAGGACAUUGAAGGGAAGCCCUUGACUUAUACUGUCUGGGGUACUGGUCAGCCUGAUAAUUAUAAUGGAUUACAACACUGUGGUGUCAUAGAGGACAAUGGUUUUUGGGACGAUGGCAGUUGUGAUGAUAUACAUCCUAUCAUAUGUGAAACAGACAGCAAAUAG